AUGACUGAGUAUGCUGAAGGGUCAUUCAAUGUGUCUGAGUAUCUUUCAAAAAGGCCUCAAUAUCCUGAAAAGAUCUAUGAUUUAAUAAUCGACUACCAUAAACACGGCAACACACAAACUCUUUUGGAUUUAGGUUGCGGUCCAGGUCAGGGUAGCUGGCCAUUUUUGGGAAUAUUUGAUAAUGUGAUCGGUGUUGAUCCGGGAGAAGGAAUGAUAAAGCAUGCACGACAGGCAUACGAACAGAUAGCCAAGGACAGAAUAUGUGCGGUUGAAUCACUAGAUUCGCUUAAAGUUCCUGAACGAUCCGUUGAUUUAGCAAUCGCUGCAACGGCGGCACAUUGGUUUGACAUGCAGAGGACAUAUGCACAUUUGUCUAAACUGGUAAAAAGCGGUGGCACGGUCGCUUUUUGGACGUAUGAUCUGGCUUAUCCAAAGUAUCAUAGUUCAACAGCCGAAAUGGUUUCACGUUUUGCCUAUGAAGACAUGGCGCAGUACGUUGAUCUUCAAGGCUGUAAACGAAUUCAAAGUCUUUACAAAGAACUUGAUCAGCCUCCAGCAAAUGAAUGGGAAGACGUUCGUCAUUUCGCUUAUCCAAACUUUGGCGUUAAUAAGAACUAUAUCCCGGUCUUGGAGAAAGAGUUACCUGCACACCUUUCGUCAGUCGAAGGGACAGAGUGGGACUGGGAUUUGCAUACCGAUGUAAGUUGA